AGGAGAGAGGCGGGGGCAGAAGAAGAGGGAAGAGAGAAACGAGAGAAAUCAGGCUCAGCGUCCUGCCGCUGCCGCUAUAACGAGGGGGGACUAGUGCCGGUGCCCCAAAGCCCCCAAUUCCAACUCCCCCAUCCAAAUCCAAUCGAAAGUUCAGCUCCAUCCUAAUCGCCGUCUGGGCAUCAUGAGUUCCUCCGUCGUGGCCUUCGGCAAUGACGACGGCGACGCCUGCGUGGGCGAGAACUCCGUCGUGGUCUCCGGCAAGGGCAAGGGCAAGGACGCCGUCAAGCCCUCGUGCACGGUGCAGUAUUCCUGCGUCAAGCGGCUUCGUGAGCGGCGCCUCCUCUCCUUCCUCCUGGACCAAGGCUUCCACGGCGCUUUCAGAGAGCUGAUCCGCGAGACGGCGGCGCUGUUCGACCUGCAGCACAUGCGGCGGCUGGUCAGGAGGGGCCGGUGGCACGACGCCCUCUUUUACCUCGGCACCUUCCUGCCGCCGCUCAAAAGUGAGCGGAGGAGCCUGCGCGCCAGGAUCUUCCACAACUUCCUCCUCAUGCACGGUCGCUUCGCCGACGUCGUCGCCGGCAACAAGGACCCGUACCUGGAGAAGCAGUACGCCGACGGCCGCAGUAACUCCACACACGCCGAGCGCAGGUUCCGCUCCAUGAACUACUCCAUACUCGCCCCGGACGCCGGCCAGCUCAGGGCCGCCAUCGACUGGGGCAGAGUGAGGAGCCACGCAGAGUUUGUUGUCCGCAGGAUGGCUCUUGCUACUCCAGAGCUGAGACGCCCGAUGGUGUUGCCGUCCUGCUGCAUGAUGCCGCACGAUGUACUCCCCAUCGGGACCGGUUUGUUCCGGAAGCGACGCGUGAAGAAACAAGGCCCCCAGCCGCGAAAAACAGACGCUAUCUUAAUGGCCAUAAAACACCAGCAGUAUUGCAGACAGUUUAGGGAAUCGAGCGUCGCGUCGAAAGAUGAAGCACUGGAACUGCUGGUGAAUUUCCUAGAUGAGACUCUACAGGCUGGCCUACCUAGAGGGUGCAAACUAACCUAUGACCUUCAACCAACUGGGAAAGAAGAUGCUUCUGAUGGUCCGUUUGCGCAGACCAUGCUCGGCACAUCCACAGAUAAUGUUAAAGCCCAUGCCACAUCAUUAGUGAAAAUUCCUGGUUCUCGAAUCUGCCAGAUCAUUACUAGUACCUUGAAAGUUCAUGCUAAAAACCCUGGGAUCUCCACACCGACGAAUGCAGAUACAAAGCGUUUCACACAAGCAGGUUGUGAUGCUCAGAAUAAAAUGGAUGGUCUGCCAACUGUUGAGGAUGAUAUUUAUUCAAAAUCGGGAAGCAAUUCUUGGUAGAAUUUAAGUAUUUAGAGCCCUUGAUGAACGAGUAUGUUAGGAAUAUCCUUGUACUCUCAUUAACUUGAUAUAAGUAUCUGUAUUAUUUCUACUUGGGACAUGAACUAUGGAGCCCAUCCA